AUGCCCAAGGUAAAACCCAUCUCUCUUUCUGCGAUGGUAGACACCGAUGGGGAAGAAGACGCACGGGACACGGCUGCGCUUCCAACCCCAGAUUCAAAUCAAGAAAAUCCUGGCAGUGGUAGAAAGAAAGGCGGGCGACAGAAGGCGAAUGCAAAGAGGUUUACGAAACCAAAACGCCUCAGCGGGGAUUCCAUGACCUCCAAAGCUACAGGCCUGACAAAACCUAAAGCUGGUAGAAGGCGAGCGCCUUUGAAGGACACAUUCAACGACCAGAAGAUCGACGAGACCGAAGAGGUCGAUGAGUUUGCGCAAUCUGAUGCGGACAUGACCGCAGAUCCAAUCCAGGAGCGAAGUCCAGUAUUGAAGAGGAAGGCUGCAACUACCAAAGUGGGAAGGCCAGCAAAAGUACGGGUAACCAAGCAAGUGGGUGCCGUCGCAAAAGAUGGCGAGUUCGAAUACACGCCUACGGUACAGCGGCAGACAAAACGAGCUGCCAAAGACACGAUUGGCGAUCCCGACCAUCGAAUCCAACAUGAUCCGCAUGGCUCAACUGAAUUCAGGCACCCAGGAGAGGAGGUCAUCCAUAAUGGAGAAUUGACGCCACAGGCUCUCUCUCGUCGAAGCAAUAAUGCUCAAGGGGCGCCAAGGCAGCGAAAGAUUGCGCCUACCAGGCGCCGAGCUGGCAGCGCAUCCGAGACUGAUAGGACCGUCGGUGACCCAACACUACGAAGGAGACUCGGAGAAAUGACAAGAAAGUUUGAGAAUUUGGAUCUGAAAUACAGAAAUCUGAGAGAAGUUGGCCUGAAGGAAGCCGAAAUCAAUUAUGACAAGCUGAGGAAACAAUCAGAAGUCAACGCGCAAGCCGCAAAUGAUUUAAUCGCUUCGAUGAAGAAGGAAAUUGCGAUGCAGAAAGCCAUUGUUAAAGAGUCGCAAUCAUUCCAAAGCCAAGUGCAAAUAAGGGAAGCCGAUCUGACUCAGACUCGCGCACUGGCAGAUCAGCUUUCAAAGUCAUUGGCUGAAGCCCAAAAUGAGAACAAAGCUCUUCAAGCCAAAUUAACAACAUUACAUUUUAAGCUUGCCGUUGCUAAAGAUACAGAUGAUACAUAUGAGGAUACCGAAUUCCAAUAUAUGCCAAGGCUAGACGAGAAUCGCGAUCGCGAUUUGAUUAGGCUUUUGCCAGAGUACCUGACGGAGGACAUUACCUUCUCGAGAAUGAAUGCCGCCAUGUUCUAUGGGCGAGUUGGAGAGACGCUAACGAAGCGACGAUCGACUGAGGUUCCUGACCGGCCAGUGUGA